GUGCAAAUAAUCGGUAAUCCAGCAAUCAUCCUGAAAAUCCAAAAAAUCCAAUGAAAAACAAAAUAACAGAAGAAAACAAGGUCCACAAAGAAAAAAUAAAACAGAAAAGAACAAAGUAUCCCUUCAAUAAAUCUUCGUCGGCAAAAAAUACACUCGGACAAUAGAAGGUUAUCAAACAUUUGGAAUGCGAUAAGAAUUAUCGUAAUUAGCUAAGAACGGGAAUGGACAAGAAGUUAUUUGCCAUUCUGUUGUGAGUUAUGAUCGUGCGAGUGCAAUUUAAUAUUUAUGAUUACAACAAUAGCAGCAACAAUAAUGAUAUGGGAAAUGUUAUGACGGCCUCAUCUGCAACAUACGCAGAAACGAAUAACAAAGUGAUUCAUUGAUUUUUGUGCAAGCUAGAGCCUGCCUGUCGCGGCGGAAGUAGUAGUGGAGCGAGCUAGUGUGCGUGUGUAUGUGUCUUUGAUUUUGGUGACAAUUUUGGUUGAUUUGACGAGUCUAGGCGUCUAGGAACCAACUGACGACUGUCAAAUCAUGCCUUGCGAACAAUGCCAUGUCCAAUUUACCGUCUUCAAACGCAAAAAAAGCUGCUCGGAUUGCAAGCGCUACUACUGCCACUCUUGCCUGGUGAACACCCGCAAACAUUCACUGCUGUGCGACCGAUGUUUGCUAUUUAGUCGAAGACCACUGCAGAGAUCCGAUUUGGUCCAACUGAAGACCAAAGACUUGAUAUUCUAUUUGCAAUCGAAGCACAUCUCUACGGCUGGCUGUGUCGAGAAAGAGGAUUUAAUUGAUUUGGUUAUGCGAAUGGAUUCCAAUCAGAAUCCAUCAUCGUCGAGUGGAAGCAGUAGCAAGAGCAGUAGUAAAAGUACGACACCGCAACACCAGCAAUCGGCUAGUGAAGGCAAUGGGAAUGCGGGGACCGGAGGCAAUACGAAUUCCUUUGAUAAUAUAAAACAAACGUGCCAAAAUUUCUUUAGUAGUUUAAGUGAAAAUAUAAGUGAUUCCUUUGCCAAUUUGGAGAGCAGGGCUUGUUCGAAAUCACGAGGGGAUCGACAGAAUAGGGGUGCAGCGAAUGUUACCGAACAGCCCAGGGUAGCUACUAGGGAAAUACCAACGUAUGCUAGCAGGCAACAAAGAACUGCAAGUGUUGAGGUGGUAUCGCCCACAGAAUCGACGGAGACGCGAACGCCCACAACUAAUUCAAAUCCAUUGCCACCACCACAACCAACGGAGAGACAAGAAUCGCCAUCAUCACCCCAAUCACCAACGUCUACUCGUCCCAGUCCAUUGACAGAGGAACAAGAGCCAAAGGAAGAGGAAUCCAAGCCCUCUACUAGGAUCAUAUACGAGGGCGAUUGUGAAUGUUCCGAUGAAGAAGAACUUAUUGCCACAUUUAGUACACGGACCAGAUCGCCUAAAAUCGCAAUAGAACCUUCCAUAAGUAAUGAUGAAACCGAUCAAACCAAUCCUGGCGCACCAUCUACAUCUGCCUCAACUUCCAAGCCCUCCUCACAGUACUCCAAACUGGAAAUUUACAUAAACGAAGAGGAAGAGUCUUCACAUUCUUCAUUCGAAGAGCUGGGAGCAAUUGGCGGCAUUUCGGAUGACAGUAAGACCACCACUGAUACCACUAGCAAUACUACAGAUCAAUGGCAAAUUUUAGAUCUAAAACAGGAUGGAUCUUCCAAUCAGACUAUGGAAACACCUGAUGGCAAUGGUUCGACCACAAACCAACAAUCUGUGGAUGAAACCUCUCCAAAGCCGCAAACCUCAGCAGCACCACCACCCCCACCACCACUCCGUCUCAAGAAAGUAAUACGCAGACGUUCCGAAAGCUAUCUCAACCGUAGAAGACCUCAGAUUAGCCUGGAAGAAGAUGACGACGAUGAGGAUGGUACAAUACUUUCCGUAUCGAUACCCAAUCCUACAUCGCGAAUCGAAGAAGAAACCCAAACCUCUUCGACCACCAGUAACACCACAGCCAAACGCUGUUGUCUGCGUUGCGGCAAAAACAAAGCCAAUAUCAGACAUCAAGUCGAAAAGCUUAGAAAACACUUGGAGAGUUCCCAAAUGUCUGAAUCAGAUAUAAAACAGGAAUUGAGAGAAUUUCUAGCUUAUCUUGAACAACGCACCAAAUCCGUGGAGUAUUCAGAUUCGGAGGCUGGAACGUCUACGCCCAGUGCCACUGGGCUAACGGAUAAUCAAAUGGCAACACAAAGAGAAUUCAAUGUUAGUGGAACUUCAGCCGCUUUCAACUAUUUUUCAGAAUCUGAUGUUGCCACAAAUCAAUAUGAAAAGGGAUCACGUUUCAUUAAUUUGGAAGACUACGACUCAUUCAAACAACUUGAGGGUCUUAGUGUAAAACAAUUGAAAGAAGUCCUUAUGCUACAUAGAGUCGACUACAAAGGCUGUUGCGAAAAGCAAGAAUUACUGGAUCGAGUAGGUCGUUUAUGGAAAAAUCUAAAAUCCACACCAGCUGUUGAUAAGUUACCCACAGACGAACUGUGUAAAAUUUGUAUGGACGCACCCAUAGAGUGUGUAAUUUUAGAAUGCGGUCACAUGGCUACUUGCACCAACUGUGGCAAGGUCUUAAGUGAAUGUCCUAUAUGCCGACAAUAUAUUGUAAGAGUUGUAAGAUUUUUCCGCGCUUAGAUAUACAUAAAUAGUUUUCAAAUCUUAACAGUACAGAACACAUGACUAUAUUUUGUACUUUUCUUGUAUUUACCCUUUGAAAGGGUAAGACAUUUCUAUUAUUUGGUUUUAAAAAGCGAGCAGAACUCGCCAGUUACUAUUAUAUUUAAAUGUUUGUAUUUUUUAGUAGCAGCAGGAGAAGUGUUUGGUAUUGAUUUUUAAUUUUGAAUUACAAUAAUUAAUGGUUAUUUCUAUAUAGUAUUUAGACGAAACAAAUAAUAUUAUAAUAAUAAUUAUUCUUAGAACUUAAAAAGUGAUAAUUACUUGAGAUUUUCAUUCCAUUAAAAAAUUACUUAAUAAUAAAAACAAGUAUUAGCUCAGUAAACAAUGGAAUGUAUAAAAAUAUAAAUAAUAACUGUUCGUACCUUAAAUUAUAUAUUUGACAAAAUGGUUUAAUACAGUAUAAAUAAAUUUAUUUAAAUUUUCAUCUGUAAGAA